UUUGGUUUCGGUCUGUGGGUAGAGCUUCAGAGCUGUUCCUCUGAUCUGAUCAUCAGUGUUCAGUUUUUAGACAUGAGAAAGGGCGCUCAAGUGUAGCGUGGGAAACAUUAUUUCACUUUAGUGAGUUUGAGAGCUUGGCUGAAACUUUCUGAAUAUCUGAAUAGAAGAAUGGAGCCGAUAACAAAGUGGACACCGACUCAGGUUGUGGACUGGAUCAGAGGGCUGGACGACAGUCUCCAGCAGUAUGUUGCUAACUUUGAGAGAGAGAAGAUAGAUGGAGAGCAGCUUCUGAAGAUUUCACAUCAGGAUCUGGAGGAGCUGGCGGUGACCUCGCGUUGGCCAUCAGGAGCUGAUUCUGGAGGCUGUGGAUCUCCUUCUGUGCAUUGAACUGUGGUGUGGAGACUGAUAACUUGAAGACUCUGUUAGGUCAGAUGCGAGCAGCAUCCAAUAACUUGCACAACUGUGCAUCAGAACGCAGGAAAAAUCCUUCUUAUGAUGGAGGAAGUCCAAACAAACCACCUAACGUGUUCCUCACCGCUGUGGUGGAGCUGAUAGGGGCUGCCAAGGGCAUGCUGGCCUGGCUUGACAGGACUCCCCUCACAGGAAUCAGUGAUUUCGCCUCAACCAAGAACAAGAUCAUUCAGCUCUGUCUGGAACUGACCACAACUGUCCAGAAGGACUGCACAGUGUUUGAAAUGGAGGAGAAGAUAUUAGAAGUGGCACGGGUUUUGACUGGCAUUUGUGACUCCACCAUGAGAAUGACCUCUGACCCCUUGAAGACUCACAUGACCUGUUUGGAGGAAGUCCCCAUCACCAAUAUCAAACCAGGCGAUGGACUGGGAAUGUAUAUCAAAUCCACUUACGAUGGGCUGCAUGUCAUCACCGGAACCACGGAAAAUUCUCCAGCAGACAGAACUCAGCGGAUUCAUGCAGGCGAUGAGGUGAUACAAGUCAACAGACAAACAGUGGUGGGCUGGCAGUUAAAGAAUCUGGUAGAAAAGCUCAGGGAAGAUCCUCAGAAUGUGACACUGACGGUGAAGAAAAGGCCAUCAGGUACCUGCGGCUUCACACCGGCACCACUGAAGAACAUGCGCUGGAGACCCCCUGUCGUCCAGAGCCCAUCCUAUGUGCCUGCUGCCCAGUCAUCCAGAAAUCCUGUGCAAAUCUCUAGCAAGCGGCCGGAGAAACCUGCAAUUUUAGAUCUCUAUAUCCCUCCUCCUCCUUCCAUGCCAUACAGCCCACGAGAUGCAGAGACGAGUGAACGUGCAGGUGUGAAGAUGAAACCAAAAGGUUCAGAGUCGCCCAAUUCAUCUCUGGAUUUAGCUAGUAGACGGCGUUCAAAUAUCAGCGACUACAACAGCAAACCUAGCGUAAGUCCAGCUGAGGUCGUCAUCCCACAAGCACGACUGAGACAGCGGACUCCAUCUAGAGGAAAGCCCCGUCCCAUGUCCAUGCCAGUAGACACUUGCCUGGGCGUGUCGGACUCUCCCUCCAGACCCUGGGCCCUUGGAAGGAAAGGUGAGGAGGUUUUGCACAGGUAUCUGAGUAACGAACAGAUCCCCACCAUCUCAGAAGAGUCGCCCUGUUACCCACUGCCCUACCGGCCCACAGGCGAACGGCAACUCGUCCGAGGGGUCGACCACAUCCGCGGCAGCCAGUGUUUCAUCAAUGCAGACCUACACGACAGCGCCACCAUACCCUACCAGGAAGCAGUGGCACGGAAGCCUGCAACAAAAUCUUCCAAGAGACCACCCUCAGAACCCUCACUGCUCAGCAGCUGGAUCGCCCGACUCAAGCUGCUCACGCACCUGAUUAAAUCAAUUAUGCAAAUGAAAGGCGUUAUUAGAGGCUCAGGCAAGUCAAAUUCAGCGUUCACAAACAUUCCAGCUUGUACAGGAUCCGGGAUGUCUGCAAGAGUGAUUUUCAGAGGGAUAAAAUACCUGCAGAUUUUCACAUGCUGGCUACAGUUGGUAGAGGACAUAUAUAUACUGGUCUCCUCUCUGAAGGCAGCAGAGGAGAAUCACAGGAUGAACGGACGGACAGAGUCAUACCCUCUUCAAGACUUUGCUGCUGAGAAGUCUCAAGGAGAUGGUGUGAUGAGCCGCAGAAGGGUCUCGGUGAAAGACCUGGGCCAGGGUGACUGUCAGGGCUUUUUGUACAAAAGGAAGGAAAGCAAAGGGCUCUUGGGCUGGAGGUGGAAAAAGUUUUGGUUUGUGCUCAAGAAAUGUUCACUCUACUGGUACACAUCCGACAUGGCAGAGAAGGCCGAAGGCUACAUCAACAUGAGAGACUUCACCGUAGAACAGGCUACCGAAUUCAAGAAGAAGUUUGCAAUGAAAGCAAGCCACCUCCACAUGGUGACACUCUACUUUGCUGCUGAGAACAUGAAAGACAUGAACAAAUGGCUGGCUAAACUCACCCAGGCUUCAAAUGAACCUGAGCCCACAGACUCAACCAGCGGAGAGUGCUACAGUGAAGAGAGCGAUGAUGAUGAUGAAGCAGACACAGCUGAGGUAUCUGUGGAGUACAUGGAUCAGCUGACCCCCGGUUCUCUGCAUGGUUGUCUCCCACCUCCCCGCUCCUCUUCCUCUCCAUGUCAGGACUUGAUCCCGCUGGUUUCUCCGAUGUGUAACCGCACAGAGACUCAGAGCGCAGACAGCGAGUCGUGGCAGGAGAUCAGCUCAGAGGACAACCCCAUCCUCAAAAUACAGGAAUUCAAAGGAAAUGACAGCCCACCGUCUGAUGAGAUGGAAAUGUUGUAUCUUCACCUCAAGCAGGCGAGUCUGUCGCCCACAGGAGCCCUACAGCCAACCACCAAACGUGACUUCAGGUCCUCCUUCAUUAGACGCUGCAAGAAUGAAAGCGUUAAUGAGAAACUGCACCUCAUUCGAGCUUUAAACAGCACUUUAAAGGCUAAGGAGGCCGAUCUGCAGGUCAUAGAGCAGGUCUUGAGUGAACCAUCUCUGAGCGCAAGUAAAUACAGACAGUGGCGAGAUGCUAAUGUGCUCCUGCUGCAAGAGAUCGGAGAGAAACACAAGAGUGCCGUGGAGACCGAGGCCCAGAAACCACUGGUUCAAACUCAGCCCCAACGCCAGUCACUCUUCAGGCCGAACGCUGCGUUCCCUGCUGUCCCCGUCUACACAGAGACCAGCCUGUGAAGAUGAGAGGCUGAUUAUAACAAGAAAAAGAUGAAGUGAAACAGAUGUUUGCUGUGUGAAGGUGACCACAGGUCCUGUACAACACCAGUUUCUCAGACACAAAUGAAACCUCUCUGAAACUCGGAUUCCGGCCUAUAAAGGAAGAAUGCAGUAACUACGUCAUAGAACUGAGAAAAAUGACUUCAUAGUAAAAACUCGUUUUUGAUAUGUAUAGUUACUGCGUUUUGCCUUUGUAGUUCAUUCACAAUCAUUUUACUUUUCAAAUUUGUCAUUCAGUGUUUUUAUAAAAGUGGGAGAACAUGUCGCAAGCGUCUUAUGUGUUUGUAGACGUUCGGUAAAAUGGUUAAUUUAAAUGGUGUGUUUUUAAUUUGAUUUUAUGAAUGACUCAUGACACUGGAACAUGGUGUGUUGUCUGGUUUGACUUUGAGGUAGGCGAUACAUGAAUUUCACCAAAUACCUCUUAUUCAGCCCUUGUGUUUGUUACAAAGUCACUCCAUUUCACGUGCACUAUCUAGGCUCAGUUAUCUCUUCUGUUCAUUAAACUUGUUUGUGCUUGAUCUUUUUAGGAGUGCAGUCUUGUUUACCUGUUUUAACAUGACGGUCUCUUUUAGAUGUACAUAUUUUAGCAUUUUACAACUGUAAAUGAAUGUCCUAAAUAUUGUACAUUUUUGUAUAAAUGUCUACGAUUCAAUUGUAUAAAUGUCUAUUUGGUAUUUUUGAAUUAAUCCGUACUAAAGGAGUGCAAAAGGAAAUAAAAAUGGCUGUUUAAUAUCUUCUUUCAAAA